UUUGGGGACUAUAAAGUUUCAGUACUGGCAUCAAAUCUAGUAAGCUCGAAGUCAACUUCCAAAAAUAUUUCAAUCAGAACAUCAUUACGUGGAUUGCAGGCGAAUCUUACUGGCACUGGAAUGCUCAAACCAAAUCAACGAGGCUUAAUACGUAUUUCGUUUGAAGCCUAUUCAAACGAUACAUGUACAUGUGUGACAAAGUCAGAUGGACUUGGUUCAGUUUAUUACCCAAAAAUGAUAGAUCCUACUUCCACAUGCUCUUUAUGUCCCAGUUAUUUACGUUUACUUGAUAAACCAGUCAAUCUGACUUUCUGGUUAAAUGUUCAAUAUAUGUCAACUGGACCUCAAUAUGUGCAUAUUCAAGCUAUAAAUCCAAUGAAAAUGGUUAAAACUAAAGUGUAUAUACCAGUUACAGAUUCAGAUUGUCCUCCACCUAAGUUGACCAUGGCUGAUGCAUUAUCACAAUCAACAAAUUAUCCUAUUACAUCAUUCACCAAUGAAGUUAUUAACGUCGAAGCAGUACUGACUGUGUCAGACUGUUUGUUACAACAGAAAAAUCAGAAAUUAUGGACUUUAGAGUCUACUGAUCCAGAUACUGCUCAACCGAUUGGAUCAAUUUCGUUGUCUGAACAAUUAGGCUCAAAAACGCUAAGACUUGGUAUCCCUGCUAAUUUUCUUACUUCCGGGACAUACAAAGCCACAUGUUCCGUUUACGUUACGCCAAAUGGUCAAACAGUUCAAUAUGUUGUUUCAGCACAUGCGUAUAUAACUCUACUUCCACCAACACUGUUAAUUCAGUUUUAUGAUGGUAAUCCAGUCAGCCAAACAAUUGGUUUAACUAUGAAAGAGAUAUGCUUAGAACCCGAAGUUUAUUCUCUUGAUCCACUGGUCAAGAGUAGAAGUCUUCCACAG